UGACGAUUUCGAUAAGUGAAAUGUGUGCAUAGCAUAGGGUGAGGGAGGGAAACGGGACCUUGUGAUUGGCUAAUCAAGUGUCGCUCAACCAAUUCGGCAGAGAGUGAGAACCGUUCCGACAAGGCGAUUUCAAGGUUCCUCCUCCUUAAUCGUUAACCUCAUGGCUGAAACUCGUCUUUACAGCAAGGGCCGCGUCCUCGGUUUCGAACGUGCUAAGCGUACCCAGAACCCCAACGUCUCGCUCAUCAAGCUUGAGGGUGUUCAGACCACCAAGGAUGCCCAGUUCUACCUUGGCAAGCGUAUUGCCUAUGUGUACCGUGCUAAGCGCGAGAUUAACGGCUCCAAGAUUCGUGUUAUCUGGGGUCGCAUUGCCCGUACCCACGGUACCAGCGGUGUCGUCAAGGCUCGUUUCCGCAAGAACUUGCCCGCCAAGACCAUGGGUGCCUCCGUCCGCGUCAUGCUCUAUCCUUCCAACAUCUAAGUGAAUUUUUUCUAAAUGUUCACUUGAAAAAAUCCUUGUGGGGGAAUAAAAGCUCGCAUUACACACGAUAUCUUUUGUCAGCCAAAAAAUCACAAACAUUUUUUUUAGUCUUGAUGAAUAAUGGAGAAGAGGAGGAGGAGGAGAAAGUAUGAGAAAAGAAGGAAUGAGUUUUUACUUAUUGGUUGUACUACUGCAUCAGGAGAAGUUCGAAGAGGAAGAGG